GACGUCGUCGUAGACAAUUAGGCGAAUCAAAGUGAAGGAAGGAUAAUCUAUAAAUAAAUAUAUAUAUUUGUGGGAAUCCUGUGCAAUCAUUUCGUGUGCGCGUGCGUGCAAAUCUCUCUAGGGUUUGUUUAUUGGAUUGAAGAAGAUGCAGCAGUCUCCGCAAAUGUUUCCGACGAUGGUUCCUUUGAUGCCCCCAACUAACAUCACCACUGAACAGAUCCAAAAGUAUCUUGAUGAGAACAAAAAGCUGAUAAUAGCGAUCAUGGAGAACCAGAAUCUCGGGAAACUUGCUGAAUGUGCACAGUACCAAGCUCUUCUCCAGAAGAACUUAAUGUACCUCGCUGCAAUUGCUGAUGCUCAACCUCCUCCACCUACACCAGGAGCUGCACCUGCACCAGCACCAGCAAUGGCCUCCCAGAUGACGGCACCACAUCCUUCGAUGCAACCGCCUAGCUACUUUAUGCAACAACACCCACAAGCUUCAGGGAUGGCUCCACAAGCAUCUCCCGCCGGUAUUUUCCCUCCUAGAGGUCCUUUGCAGUUUGGUAGCCCACACCAGCUUCAGGAUCCGCAACAGCAACAGCAGUUGCAGAUGCAUCAACAAGCUAUGCAAGGACACAUGGGGAUGAGACCAAUGGGCAUCAACAACAGCAACAACGGGAUGCAGCAUCAGAUGCAACAACAACCAGAAACCUCUCUCGGAGGAAGUGGUGCAAACGUGGGGGUUAGAGGAGGCAAGCAAGAUGGAGCAGGUGGACAAGGAAAAGAUGAUGGCAAAUGAAAGGAUCCAAAGAAGCUUUGUUUUGUUUAUAUUUUAGGAUUUGUGCUUUCUUCCGAGUAUCAUUAGGACUUUUCUGCAUCAGUUUUCUUGAGCUUUUUAUUUAUUUAUCAGAAGAUAGACUCUGUGGAGUAGUGUUUCCACAAACGGUGUUGUAAUGAUAUUUAGUACAAGUUCAGCUUUGGUUUAGAAACAUCAUAUCAUUAUAUUCUUAUUCAUCUUAACGCUUACAACCAAAAGCAUUGAUAUUUCUCUUUUAAUCCCUUAUUCUGGACGAGACUUGACGAUGAAAUUCUGACGGCUAAUAGGAUUCAUGACGACGGGAGGUCCAGCGGUUCUUGGCCACGCCUGGAACUUCUCAUCUGUGGCCUUCCACCAUUCCUUGUUAGCGACGGUUCCUGGAGUACUCCCUGAAGUUGAAUUUCACCAUAAGUAUAUCAUUAAGAUGGUAUCCAAGUUAUGAUGAUGAGUGUCCAAAAAAGAAGAAAACUUGCCUCCAAAGAUCUUAUUAUCAGAGAUAAGUUUGUCAAAGAGGUAUGAGAUUCCGAAAGAGCCGAUGAGAGCACCGACUAUGUACUUGGCUUUGCCUCCUGUUGAUGUUGCCAUUUUUCUUCUAACCUGAAAAGAAACUCACAACACUCAAGAGGAUCUGCAAAAACAGAAGCAACAUAGAACAAGAAGAAAAGGAAUAGGUAAACUAAUCUCUCUCUCUCAGUAAACAAAGACUAAGACAGGAAGAUCGUCACAGAAUAUUCAUUGAUUCCUGUGGGAAAUGAAAGCUUUACUUAUCAAACAUCAAAUGAAAACGAAACCAAGUUCCAGAGAUGUGUCUGAAGAAGCAACUUACAAAACCAAUAGGUGAACUAUACAUCAGAGAGUUACCUUUUGUCGAUUCAGAGACAGUGAAGCUUACACAGUUGACUAGUUGGUUCUCGAGCUCAAAGGUGGAUGAUCAAAAAUCUUUUUCAACACUUAUCCUCUUAUCUUUAGAAACUUUUAUCGAAAACGGACAAGCUUUUCUGAAAUUACGAAAG